UUGCCCGCCGAGCGUGACCGCAGCGUCGAGUUGCUCACCUAUAGCACUGUGACGCAACUAGCGGGUGGGGGUGGAGUGCAUGUGUAUACGUACGAGUUGCGCGUGGUGCGAGUGAUCGUGCAGGCGUGCCGCGUCCGCACCGAGCAGCCGCGCCGCCUUGCCCACCGAGUGCGACCGCAGCGUCGAGUUGCUCACCUACAGCUCUGUGACGCAACUAGCGGGUGGGGGUGGGGUGCGUGUGAUACGUACGAGGUGCGCGUGGUCGCCCAGGCACGCCGCGUCCGCGCCGCCUUGUACGCCGAGCGCGACCGCAGUGUCGAGUUGCUUACCUACAGCUCUGUGACGCAACUAGCGGGUGGGGGUGGGGUGCGUGUGAUACGUACGAGGUGCGCGUGGUGCGAGUGGUCGCGCAGGCGCGCCGCGUCCGCGCCAAGCAGCUGCGCCACCUUGCCCGCCGAGCGCGACCGCAGCGUCGAGUUACUCACCUAUAGCUUUGUGACGCAACUUGCGGGUGGGGGAGGGGUGCGUGUGUAUACGUACGAGGUGCGCGUGGUGCGAGUGGUCGCGCAGGCGCGCCGCGUCCGCGCCGAGCAGCCGCGCCGCCUUGCCCGCCGAGCGCGACCGCAGCGCCGCCGCGCGCUCGCACUGCCGCACGCACGCACACUACCGCACUCGCACACCAACACCGCACUACACUCAGCGAGCACACUUACACAACAGACUUUUCGGAGUACGCGAAUAUUUAUUUGUGUAUGUUUAAAAUUCAUCGUACGAAUUAAGUACAACGACUAUAAAAGCUAA